AUGGAUCCAGCGGCAUUCACCCCACCCACGGAGCUUCGGAAGCUCAUAACGGACUCAGCUUCAAAAUUAAUCAACCUGUGGUUAGAGCAUGAGGGAGAAGCGUUUCUCUACAUUCUGGAAGCCAGGCUACAACAGCUUAUUUCCGAUUAUCCCUGGCUAUUGGACUCACUGCACCUGCUGGUACAAAACUUCAUUCUCCACGAACUCCACCUUCAACCCUCCGCCGCUACCGCUCGCCCGCUUGCUUCAAUGAAGGACGUGCCGUCUGAACCGCCAGAUGAGGUGUUACCCGGCCCGUCGGAGCCGACUCCAAGGAGGAAGCGACGUUCGCGUCACCGGCGCGGCACCCCACAGCCGGACUUCAGGAUGUCAAAACAGCCAGCUGUGUUCAGUCAGCCGCCACGCUGCCCUCAGUUCAGUCAGCCGCCACGCUGCCCUCAGUUCAGUCAGCCGCCACGCUGCCCUCAGUUCAGUCAGCCGCCACGCUGCCCUCAGUUCAGUCAGCCGCCACGCUGCCCUCAGUUCAGUCAGCCGCCACGCUGCCCUCAGUUCAGUCAGCCGCCACGCUGCCCUCAGUUUAGUCGUCUCAGGGCCUCCCCAGAGGCUGGGUGUCAGUCACCAGCCAACUCUGGACCCCUAGAGGUCAAGACACCAGCACCAGCAGCUUCACUGGAGAACUUUACUGAGCAGUCUCAGCCGUCAUCCCCUGCUGAGAGCUCCAGUGAACCCAGCCAGCAUCAUGCUUCGUCUGCUGGAGGGCCCGAGUCGCCCAUCCAGCCUCAAGCCAAGUUAGCUGGAGGUUCCGAGGAGCCCGUCCAGCCUCAUGUCACAUCUGCUGGAGGGCCCGAGUCGCCCGUCCAGCUUCAAGCCAAGGCAGUUGGUGGGUCCGAGGAGCCUACCCAGCACCACGCCUCGUCUGCUGGGGGUCCCGGAGGACCCAGCCAGCACAUCCUCAUGUCAGCUGGCGGUCCGGGGAAGCCUGUUCAGCCGUCACCUGCUGAAUCAUCCCCUGCGACUUCUAGACCGUCGCCUGCAGCAUCACCGCCUGCAGCAUCACCGCCUGCUGCAUCCGCAUCACCGCCAUCAGGUCCAGCCUCGUCAGACUCUUCUCUAAAGCACUUUAGGUUCUGUUGUUUAAGUGUGCCGUGA